AUGGACCCACACGCGACGUCUGCAUCUGAUGGCAGUAUCACACGUUCGGAUACGACUAAAGCCAGCCUGAUUAUUUCCCCAGCCAUCUCCAUUUCUUCAACGUCAGAUAGGCGUCGCACGGGUGCCAGUGCGCCCGCCAGUAGCCCUGCCCUGUCGCCGGGAGCAAUUUUUCAAGCUACUAAUCAUUACAGUACAACAGCCCAUCCCGAUGCAUUCUCAGCCAUCUCUAACCGGGACACCGAGCCUGCUGACACCGCUGAUCCUUCCCCAGACACGCGACCUAACUUUCUUCCUCAGGAUCCAGAGUAUCCGACCAUCAGUGUACAUGAGACUCACCCUCGACCCCCAGCUCCUUCCAAUACCGAUGCAUCUGAGGCACCUAGCUAUACCCUAGGCUUCCCAAGCUUUGGAUCUCAGCCCUGGAUCAGCCAUUCUCGGCCUACGCUAGACUUUGCACCUCAACCAAUAUAUGAGCCGACGGGAGAAUUACUGCGCGAACAUACUCAUACCUUUGAUGAAUUUGACGCACCCUUUCUUCCAGAAUUUACGACCGCGCUCUCCGCAUCUCCGAUUCAUCCGUCAAAGCCGUCCACAAGUGCAGCAGGAACGAGUAGUGCUCCCAAUGCCGCUGGCGCGGUAGCGACGUUUGUUCAACCGUCCCUUCCUCGAUCAGCUCUGAAGCGAAAGUCAAGCUCUACCACGACGACCCCGACCGCCGACAAGAAGGUACGGGUUUCGUCUGAGCCGGUAGCUCCGUCAGGUAUUGACUCUGCUGUCCUAAACAUUCAUUCUGCCAAUUUUGAGCGAAUGUCAGGCAUCGGCCCAACGUCCCCUGAUGAAGGAUCUACCUCUUCAGACCUCCCUACUGGCUCCAGGCAGGUCCCGACCUCAGGUAUUACUACCAGCCAACAUCGGACGCGGCAGCCAUCAGAGACGACUACACGACCACCCCUGAAUCCGGCGAAUUCAUCGCAGACAUCAGCUAGGCAGAGGCCGAGUGGUAAUCGCACCUCUACAGCUCAUCCGCCUUCAAUUCUACCACCAGAGAAAGUAUUUCCUAUUCAGAUAGGAUCAGAGCUAUUCAGGCUAUCUGGGGCUUCCAUAUCGUCAGAUGCGCCGUCCUACUUCACACAGUUUUUUGAGGAACAAAUUAGGCAGAAUGAGGAGUCUGGAGGCGUCAGGACCCUCUACAUUGACAGAGACCCUGCUACGUUUCGAGAUGUAGCCCGGCAUUUGCAAGGUUACCACGUCAAACCCGUGGACGGCAGUCAUUUCGUAAAAUUGUUUGCAGAUGCACAGUUCUACAGCUUGCCACGUCUCAUCGAUCAAUUAUUCGAGUCCGAGAUCUACAUUCAGAUAGGAGAGCGACAUUUCCAGAUACCCAAGGAUAUCUUCUCAGAACCAGGAAACUCGCCCAACUUCUUUUCACUUGGAUUUGCGGUUUUCUUUUCGACUCCCGGAGAAGUUUUCCCCGGCCUCGAUCGGCGCGGUCUACUUCGACCACCGUCCAUCACGCCCCCGUAUGUGCCAGGCCGGUCUGCCGAUAUCUUUGCGGAACUCCUACAUCUUUUGCGAGGCUAUCCACUCGACAUCCGAAACGAAUGCCACCGAGCCGAAUUACUACGCGACUGCCGAUACUUCCACCUACGAGGCCUCGAACAGAAAAUCAUUGCCCACGAGAUCAGUUACAAUUCCGAGAGACAAAAGCAGGAGAUAUGUUUGAGGCUGGAGGAUGUGAAGCCAUCAGGGGUAUCAUACAGUAGCGACGAUUCAUCUGGAGACAAAGCUACUGUUGGAGGAUGGGUCUACUACGCAAGACCAUUUGUAGACGAUACUUCGUACGAGAUGGUUGUGGAAGUGGGCAACGAAAGCACUACUCUCGAUUUGACCGGUAUGAGAGCCGACUUUCACGGUCUCGCAAAGGCCCGAGUGUCUUCCUUGUUCCAGGUCGUCGCCAACAAGAUGAAUCUACCUACAAAUGCCCCAUUGGGGUUGAUGAUGCUUUCUGGAGGCCAUUCGUCACAGUCAGCGAGUCCAGGGCACACGCCACUGAGUGAGGACCGAGUAAAAGUCCGCUUCGAGCCUGCAACGGACAUCACCCUGGAUGGGGAGCCGUACACGAUUGACUGGGACAGCCCUGCCGGGCAGAUCAUGCAGCAUGGUCCAUCUAUGGCUCCUAGCGAGUCCGAGUCGGAAUCAGACAUCAUGAGCGAAGGGCCAUCUUCCAAGGCAACAGCAUCCACGCAAAAUCGUCGAACCCAGAUCCGACAAACUCAACCUGGUUCAACAUCGCAGGUUAGUGGCACCCGAUCUCUCCCAGUGCCACCCAUCCAAACAAGUCGACUCACCGAACCUUCGACCAAGAAGAGAAAAAGACAAAGCAGCCAAGGUGAUCUUGGGGAGUGGGCGAUCAGAACGGGUCAGUGGCGCUUGCGAGUGCAACCUAACCAGCAAGAUACAAUAAGAGGUGGAUACGAGAUGGUCUUCAUCGGUGUAAAGAUCGAUGCUUACUCGAGCGAAAGGGCACGCAACGCCAGACGUGGCUUCCUAAAUUAA